AUGGAGAAGACAGCUGUCAUUCAGGACCCGUUUUCCAACAGUGCGGCCGCCUCGUUCAGAACUGCUUCAUAUCACUCGCAGCCGUCGGACAGGCAGCCGGCCAGACGCCAGCAGUUCAAAUCAUACAGGCUAAAUGGCGAGUAUGAGCGACCAUGGCUAGGAGACAGCCGAUUGAAAAGGUCGCGGGUCGGCUCAUAUAUCAUCUGGGGGUUCGUUGGCCUGGGGCUGGCAAUCAGUGCAUAUAUCAACUUUACCGUCACCCAGAAGGUCUCAAAGCAUCAGUACUGUCUUAUUCUGGAUGACCAAUUUUCGUCUCUCAACGAAGACACAUGGAACCGUGAAAUUGAUGGUUUUGGUACAGGCGCCUUUGAUUGGACGACAACAGAUGAGAAGAACGCAUUUGUCGACGGUGAGGGCCUUCAUAUCGUCCCAACGCUUACUACGGAAUCGACCUCAAUCACUCCAGAGCAGCUGGUCAAUGGUUACACCUUGAAUCUGACCAAGGCUGGUGGUGAUGGAUCCUGCACCGGUACCACCAACACAGCUUGCUCAAUACGCUCAAACAAGACAACUGGAGCAAUCAUACCACCUAUCCGAUCUGCAAGACUCAACACCAAGGGUAAGAAGAGCAUUCAGUACGGAAGAGUCGAGGUUGUGGCUAAGAUGCCAAAAGGGGACUGGCUGUGGCCGGCCAUCUUGAAUGAGACAUAUGGCGCCUGGCCAACAAGCGGCGAGAUUGACAUUCUCGAGACCCGCGGCAACGACGUCGAUUAUGUCGUCGGGGGAAGAGAUAUCAUGUCAAGCUCCCUCCACUGGGGGCCAACACCGGAGACAGAUUCCUUUUGGAGGUCAACCAGGGGCAAGGCGUUGCGCCGAACAGACUACUCUAGGGGUUUCCACACCUUUGGGAUCGAGUGGUCAAAGGACUAUCUGUUCACCUAUAUCGACAGCCCCCUGCAGCAGGUCCUGUACUGGGGCUUCGACAAGGACCAGAAUAUGUGGCAGAAAGGCCACUACGAGGGAGUCACCGUCAACUCCUCCCUAGUCAAAGACCCUUGGUCUCAGACCGGAAAUCCAAACACCCCCUUUGACCAACCAUUCUUCCUCAUCAUGAACGUUGCUGUUGGCAGUAGCAAUGGCUGGUUUCCAGACGGCAUAGGAGGGAAGCCCUGGACUGACGUUGGCCAAGCAGCCUCAGACUUUUACUCCAUUGAACCCUUGCGACCCGGAACCAGUGCGCAGGAUGCCGGGUGGACUCCCAGUUCGUCCAUCAAGCAGCAACAAGAUGGUGGAGCUGAAGAGAAAAUAGCAAAGAAAUAG